UGGCGGACGAGGAAAAUUGACCGGAAAAUUAAUAGAUGAACUUACAAUUUAAUACGGACUUUUAAUUAGGAGAAACUCCGAUUCAGUCGAAAAAAUACGGAAUGAAAUUUGGUCAACGUUAUAUCAUAAAAUGUUGACGGACGAGAAUCCAUAGCACGAGAAGUGUUCCAUCGGAGUAGACUCUUGGUGUUCUUGGCAGCGCAGUAAAGCGCUUGGUACUCUUGCAACAUACGAGCACAAGAUUCCAAUGCAUGAAGAUGUUUUCAAAGCGAUACAACCCAUUUAUAAAGAACUCAGCUUCGACAACCUUCUGUCACUCUGCUUGGGGGCGUAUUCUCAAAAUAGUAACGAGUCCUUCAAUGCUGUAGUGUGGUCAAUUGCUCCAAAAACGAUGUCUAGCGGUAAGACUAUAGUUGAUAUUGCGACCGUGUAGCCGUUAUUACUUUCAACGAAGGCUUGUCGGGUCUGUUUGUCGUUUACGAUGCUCUUGGGUUAACCGUUGGACCGAACAUGUACGAGUUUUGCAUGGGAUCGGACGCCAAUCGCGUCAAAGUCUUACAUCAGACAAAAUAAAGGAAGAAGAGGAAAAUAAGGACCAGGAAGGACAACUUUACGGCGCAGGGAUAGCUGACUGAAGAUAGAAAAACAAUUGAUAUGCCUGUUCAUUGUACAUAUGAUGUUCAGGAGUUAUCCGGUAGAACAAUAUCCUGUUCAAGACAAGGUAGACGUGUAAGAUCAAGAUGUCGUAGGAGGAAAAGUCGAAGUGGUACCAGAAAAGCGGCGAGUAGAAAAGGUUCAUAUAGAUCUAUUACCAAAAUGCGUAAAUCUAGGUCAAGAGCAAGGUCUAAUUGUAUCUUAGCUAGAUAUCGGAGGACCACUUCGAAAAAUCGUAGACCUCAGACAAGAAAGUCCAGACUGUGUAGAAGUAAAACUCGUCGUACUAGUUCAAAUAGGAGAGUGUCCUAUCAAACAAAUAAUAGACGAAAAAGUCGCACACGAUCAACAAAAUGUAUAAAAAGGCAACAAAGACAAUCGUCGGCCAGACAAGAACAGGAUGAUUCUAUGAUUGAAGUGAGUUUCGGGGAAGGAGAUAAUAACUCCGUUGUAGAAAUCGAUAUGUCUGAUGGAAAUCAAAUUAAAACAAACCACAAUGAAGAUGGUAAUCAACCAAACACAGUAGAGCUCAGACAAAGUAUUUGCUGUCAGUGUAAUACGCGAAAUCAGCAAUCAGAGGAUAAAAAAGACUACACUCAAAAUUCUAUAACGGUAACAUCUGAAGACGAUAGGUUGUCUGGUAUGGAAUCAAACAAUAUUACCUAACUGCUUUUUUUAUAAAUUAUG